AUGAGGGCCACACUACUCUUUAUAUGCAUAAGUUCUGCUCUGGCUCAAUCUGGAGGAAAUGGUAGCGUUCAAGUGCAGUCGGUUGGCACGAAUUUAGCUGAGCAGGCUAAAAACGCUGGAUCAGGACUUCUUGCAAAGCUCAAAGACAAACUGGGUGAUGUAAAGGAAAAGGUACAGCAGGGACUGACUGCAAUUCAGCCUAGUCAACCCACUCCGGCUGUCAACGACUCGGUACCGCCAGUGCCGGAUUUGGAAAAUGGACAAGCGCAAGUCCAAGCUCCACCCGGCUUCAUCCAACAAUUACAGAAUUCUAUGUCAAACUUCAUUUCCAAUAUGAAGGAUGCUCCCAACCCCUUUCCCUUCCUCAACCUAAACAAUCCCGGGAGUCCCGCAGCUUUGCUUGGCAAUGUGAGCAAAGAAGGACUCGAAGACCUCAAGAACAUGACACAAGGAGUUGCCAACUACACCAUGGCUGAAAUGAAAGAGAAGAUGACAGCAUGGGCAAGCAAGUAUGGCGUAAAGGAGCAAUUGGACAAUUUCGAAACCGAACGAGAAUCGAAGAAAACGGAAAUUCUUGCAAAUGCACACACGAAUGUGAACAUUCUGCCUUCACUUUUUCAACAGUUGACAAGCAUCAUCCAGAACGAGACUUUAACAAUUCCGGAAUUUACGAAAGCGAUCAAUGAUUACUUCCAGUCCCUGGAGCCUAUUCAGAGACAUAUUGUAUCAAACAUCAUAGCAGCUACGGCCAUGGAUACGCUACUGUUCAUUCCCCGGCAGUUCCCUGGAGCUCGCCCAAUAGAGAGUUUCAAAAUGUUCAAAGGCAUGAAUGACGAAGAACGCAGGCCAAAUCUCUUUCCUGGUGCUACAAAACCACAGAUGAUGAGCGCUGCGGAAGGAAAGAACGCAAAAAUUGCAUUGCCUUCUGUUGGGAACAAUGUCCGGAAGGAAGACAUGACUACAAAAGUGCAGAUAGCAUAG